UCCAAGCGUCAAGCUUUUGAAAUGGCGGCUACUCUACUUCCUACAUAGAUACUCUUUGGUCUUGGGAGCUGAAGAUGGCAAAAGAGCUUUAAUCAGUGUUAAAACAGUACUAACAACUGGUAUAAUUCUAGUUACUCAAGACAUCCACAAAAUGUCAGCUGCAUCCUCGCCAGAAGCAACCACCAGUAGCUCACUGUCUUCACUCACGCCGUCUACAUUUAGAAAAGAGCCACAACUAUCAGCACUUUCAGGAGAAAAUGUUUCUGAAGCAAGCCCACCGUUGUCUUCUAAAAGCAAUGACGAGGAUAUACUGAAAGAAGUUUGUCUGAACAAUGGCGUAACAUAUACCAAAAUAAGUGAGGAGGGGCCAUCAGUGGAUGUUCUUGAGAUGUUUUUCUCUGGUUUUUCUCGCAUUAUUGGGAUGCAUCACUUUCCUAAUAUUCACACACUCACCAUCAUAGGGCAGAGCAUUUCACAGAUUGUUGGACUUACUCCACUUUCCAAGCUGAGGGAGCUGUGGGUAGCAGAAUGUCAGGUAGAGAAAAUUGAAGGUCUAGAAGAGUGUACUAAGUUGCAGAAGCUUUACCUUUAUGGCAACAAGAUUGAAGCCAUUGAAAAUUUGGAUAAUCUUCUUCUGGAGGUUUUGUGGUUAAAUGGCAAUGCCAUUAAAAACAUUGAGAACCUAUCACAUCUGCAACAACUAAGAGAGCUAAAUCUGGCUGAAAACAUCAUCAGUAAAAUUGGUCAUGCUUUGAACUCAAACAUUUACAUUGAAGACUUGAACUUAUCUGGGAAUCCAAUCUCUUCUUUGCGGGAUGUAACAAAUCUCAUGCGGCUGCCCAAUCUCAAAAGUCUCAGUUUUAAAGAUCCACUGUACCAGCCUAGCCCUGUUGCAACUUUGUGUAAUUACUCAGCUCACAUUCUCUUUCACCUGCCCUCACUUUGUCGCCUUGACACAUACGAUGUAACCUCCAAGAACCUGAAAGAUCUUGCACAGAGCACAGUCCUGAAAAAGAAAAUGUACUAUAACAUGCGUACAAAGACGGUGAAGAGGAACAUGGCUAGCUUGCUGCAGAAGAUGGAAAGGCACAAAGAACUGGAUGUCCUGAUGAUACCUUACCAGCGCCUCCGCACACUCACCUAUGCAAUUAAAGAGAUAGAACGAGAAAUAGAAGAAUGUGAAAGGACCUUGUGUCAAACUGCUGAUGUGCAUGACAGUGACACAGAAAGUGAGAGAGAUGCUCAUGAACAGUUUAAAACUGGUGAUAGAAGCAUGUCACGGGCAUUUCAGACCAAGCUGACAUUGCUGAAUGAGAGAAAGGCACACUGGGAGCGGAAAUGCUCAGAAGUGGAAGAAGUUUUCAAGGAAGCAAAGCAGCGGCUCCAGCAAAAAGCUGACACUAUCAUAAACAGGCUGGAAAUAGAACUUGAGACAGGUGGUAAUGUCAGAUUUGAAGAGGGAACCCCAGAAGAUCUUUGGUUUACAUCAUGUCGUGACUUGGUCAUGUCACGGUUUUGUGCCAAGGAUUUCCUGUCACAUGACAUCAUAGGGGUGACAAUUCACAAAAUUAUACGUAUCCAAAAUCGUAUUCUUCGGGAACGUUUUGACAAGCAAUUUUUAAGGAAUACUAAUGAAUUAGCAAAAUACUGCCGUGGUAAAAAAAACACAAAUUACAAAAGACUCUUGGAAUACCUUUUCUGGAUAUGGGAUCCUGAUAUGCCAGGGGGAUGGAAUGAGCCUGCACGUGUGCCUGAAGAAGGAUUCAUGGAUGCUGAGAGUUACAAGAUGCUGGGACGUCCAGCAGCAGUGCCUCUCAGCAACAGUUUGUACCUUGCUGACCGCCACAGAAUUGCAUCCACAAUAAAAUAUCAGCGGGAACAUGGCAACAAUGACCCCUGCCCCUUUAGAUUUGGUCAGAUGGUAGUAUCCAAAACAUACCUUGGAAAAAGUAUGAAAUUCCUCAACAAGCCGGUUGCAACAGAGUACUAUCCAGCGAUUGACACCAUCUUCAAGUCAUGGUUGUCCUGCUUCCCUCACAAAGAAGAAAACUUUUGUGAGUGCAGACAACGGCAAUGUGAGUGGUAUGUCUUCAACCAUGAGUUUGUCCUUCCAGAAUACAUCAUCGAGUUUGAAUAUAUCACUAAGGAGUCUCCUGAGUUUCCUUUCAUUUCCUUGCCAGAAAAACUGUCAGGAAACAAGAUGUCAGAUAUUCUUCUCAUGUCUCCGAAAACAGUUGAUGACAUUUCAGACAGCGUUGUUCUAAACAUGGAACCGGAAGUGCCACAUCAAAAUCGAAUUGUAUCUAUGACUGAAGAACAGCUCCUGAAAAUGGGUCCAGCUCAUAUUUUAAGUGCCAUAACUUACCUGAAUCUCCAUGGCAAUGGACUGUCAAAGAUGAAGGGUAUUCAAAGCCUGACCUCUCUGAAGAAGCUAAUUGUCAGCUUCAAUGAACUGACUACCCUGGAAGAUAUUUCUCAGAUGGAUCUUGAAUAUUUGGAUGCCAGUUACAAUAACAUUGUCACACUUGAGGGAAUGAAGUCUGUAAAUCUUCUAAGUCACUUAGAUUUAAGCUGGAACAAACUACAGAACUCAGAGAGGACAUUGACAAUUCUCUUUAGGAAUUCAGCAGCUGUGAGUCAUCUUGAUUUACGUCAUAACCUCUGGAAAAAGCCUGAAGCCUUGCAUUUUCGUCUCAUCGGGAACUUGAAAAAACUGGUGUGGCUCAAUGGGGAGAGUGUAGGUGAGAACGAAGUGAAUAUAGCCUUGAGGCAAUCUGCUGGAUCGUGCUUGUCCCAGCUGUUGGUGCUGGGCAACUCACGUGCUGACACUUCAUUACCCAGGUCACUUGUCCUUGGCUCAGGAGCUCACAUCAUCAUGCAGGUCAGCCGUCUAAAGCCAGAGAAGGUUUCAGAGGCUGACAACAGCUGGUAUUCUUUGGUGACCACAUUGAAGCUAGAUGGUCUGCACAUCACCAAGUUAUGUAACUUGGAUCUUUUGGAAAACCUAAGAUGGGCAUCCUUUGAUAACAAUGACCUCACGAAGAUAGAGGGACUUGAUAACUGCACAAUGCUGGAAGACCUGUCACUGGACAACAACAGAAUUGUUGAAAUCAGAGGUCUGCUGAAGUUAACCAGGCUUUGCCGUCUGAGUCUAGUCAACAAUGAGUUGAGCUCAGUGGAUGCAGAGGUCAUGGCAUGUCUGCCCAACCUAACCUUUCUAGCACUUGACAAAAAUUUCCUGACCUUGAUGGCUGGUCUACAGCAUGCCCAGUCCCUUGUGGAGCUCUACAUCAGCAACAACCUCAUAAAAAACAUACAUGAGAUAUUCUUUCUAAAGAACCUUGUCAGGCUGGUGAUUCUGGAUAUGUAUGGUAACCCCGUGUCGAGAGAAAUGGAGAACUGCCGCUUGUUUAUCAUUUUUCACCUGAGAAUGUUGAAGGCCCUCGAUGGUGAUGCAAUAGAAGCCCAUGAAGGCAUUGCAUCCAGGGAAGCUUUUGGUGGACGUCUGACAUUAGAUUUUGUGGCUGAGAAGGUGGGCCACACCACAUUUGAAGAUGUGCAAGAGCUGGAUUUUCCAAACUUUGGGAUUCGAGCAGUUGAUCUGGGUCCUGCUGGUCGGUUUAUGAACCUGAGAAGCCUCAACCUUGAAAACAACAAUUUAACAUCUUUUAAUGGCUUGACCAACCUUCUCAACCUCAGAGUGCUGUGUGUGAAUAACAACCACAUUGAGUGUAUCGUUCCGCGCAUGAAAGCAACCACAAUCAAAUCAAGACCCACACCAGGCAACACUAACAAAGUUGCUGUUGAUUUGAAUGCUGAGACACUUACACCUCUUCUCGAACGUUUGGAGGUGCUUCAUUUAGGGAACAAUGGCAUAAAAGAUAUGGCUGCAUUACAGCUUGGUCGUCUACCGUCACUCAAGGCCCUUUUCUUGCAAGGCAAUGAGAUCACCAAAGUAGAGGGCCUGGAGAGGCUGCAUGACUUGAGAGAGCUUGUACUGGAUCGCAACAAGAUCAAGGCAGUGUCAGAGUUUUCUUUUGCCAGUCAGUGGAACUUGCAAGAAUUGCACAUAGAGGAAAAUCGUCUACGAGAAGUUGGAGGAUUGAAUUUGCUGGAGAAUCUGAAGCGCCUUUACCUUGGUUCUAAUCGAAUCCAUGAUCCUGCUGACCUGGAAAAACUGGAAACAUUGUACAACCUAAGAGAUAUAUCACUCAUCAACAACCCUGUGACACGCCGAUUGAUGCACAGGGUAGUGCUGAUUCAUCACUUGCCAAAUCUGUUGGUAAUUGACGGCAUUACUGUCACUGAGGAUGAACAAUACAGGACAGAAACAUGCUAUUCUGAUCAGUCAUUAGCCACACAGACAGAGCCAUCUCUACCUGGAAUUCCACCCAACCCCAUAUACAAAAACUCCGUCCCUGUCAAAGUGACAACUGUGCAGCUGUGCUCAUCACCUUUGUGGCCGCCUUACUGUUUUGAUGAUAAUGAGGUUAUGCAGCGAGGUGCUGGCCGAAGACGUGUACAGCCCCGAUCUGAAAUAUCACGCACUGUAACAUGCCAGAAUCUUAACAGUGCAGUAGGCAACAAUAGUUCUUUACAGAACAACAGCAGCCGUACAGGUGGCAGCAGCAACAGCUAUCAUUUUGUUGGGCAUAUCGCUCCAAACCAGACUUCAGAAUAUAUUGCGCAGAUUGCUCGGUUGCAGCAACAGCGAUUAAACAAGCGAUAAUCUGACAAGUUGUUGGGAUUUUGAUUGAAACAUUGUCUCCAGUCAACAAACCCUGAAAGCAUUGCAUCUGAAGGCUGGAUUGAUUCUGUGGAUCAUAUCAGAUUGUUUUCAGCCUCUCUCAGAAUCCAGAUGCCAGAAAAUGUGGCAUCAAGAACACAGUCUCAUAAAAGUCGGUUUUCUACAGCAGUCAAUAAAUAAAGUUAGCACAUUGCUACCUUGUGAAUAAAUUAUAUAGUUGUAUGUUCAGAAUGGGAGCUUUGUUAUUGCUGCAAGAGUGUUUAUCCAACUCCUUUAAAUUUCUUACAUCUACUUUUGUAGUAUAAGAACAAUACCUUACUGCUUGUAAAGCAGCUGAAAAGUCUUUACCCCCUGUACACCGUGGUGCCCAUGUAAAAAAUUAGCCCAUUUUCUUGAUAUGAAAUGUUUUUCUUUGGUUUGUCACAAGACAAAAAUUUCAAAGAAAUAUUUAUUUCUGCCAAAAAAACGUUUGUAUAUGGCUUUGUUUUUUAAUUCAACAGUUUUUCCUUUUAAAAUGUUUUGGAGAAAGAGUAGACUAGAAUUCUGUUGUUGAGUGGUACAGUUUGUGCUGUUACUUCAGAAUCUUUAUUAAGCUUAUGGUGGAAAUCAAGGUCACCAAGAUAAGACCAUCCAUAUCCUUGUCAUACUUCUGAAGGAGUCAAUCUUGCUCAGGAAAUUGUCUUGCAGAUUAGACCACUGUACCUUUUCAUAUGGUUCAGUGGUCAUAAGCACAAGUGUGAUAAUUCUACAGGUGCAAGGUCAGUGAUGUCUUUCAUACAGCUGUGACAUCGGUGACACCUGUCACACAGCUGUGAAAGCAUGCAAGUCACAGGCUACUGAUAUAAUCAAAUCUGUGCCACAAACUGUGAAAUCACUUAUAUAAAUAUUCACAAGUAGGUCUUGGAAUUGUUGGUAUAAAUAUGUUCAUCUAAAUGUUUUGAAGUCUUUUAACAUGUGAAAAUGUAAUACUCAGUGACAUCAAUACUUGAACUUUAAAUGUGUCAGGAAAAGUUUUAUUUUUAUACCUUAUGAUUUUCUUUAACCUCACUAUGUGAUAGUAAGGAUAAUAUGAUAGAUCCUACUUGAAUAUUAUCCUAUUUUUAUGUCUAAAACAUUUUGGUGUAUGUUCACAUCUCAGCAGACUGUUAUUUGGGCACCUUGUGAAUGUUGCCUGAUAAAUGUGUGUUAUAACAAUAUUUGCUAUAAAAUUAUCACAUUC